GCCCGUCGCGCCGGUUGCGACGUGUCUUGCCUUCGGUGUGGAUUGAUCGUGAGAGCUGCGUGGUGGUGGGUCGCGUGGAGGGAUAUCGCAAGGGGUUGUUGGAGCUACUCACUGUUAUACAGGUAUUGUUAUACUUUCAAGGGGAAGGGCUGCUCUAGACAGCAUUAUUUUCUGCCAUGGAGGAGGACCUGCCGUUCCGCGCCGAGUACGCCAAGUCGGGCCGGGCUGGCUGUAAAGGCUGCAAAGGCAACAUCGCCAAGGACACGCUGCGCAUGGCCGCCAUGGUCCAGUCGCCAUUCUUUGACGGCAAGCAGGCGAGCUGGUACCACUUUGCUUGCUUCUUCAAGAAGCAGCGCCCGAAGGCGGUGGCAGACAUCGCCCACUUUGAGUCCCUCCGCUUCGACGACCAGGAGAAGAUUCGAGAAAAAAUAGGAGCGGCAGCGGGUGCCGGCGACGCGUCAGGCGGUGGCAGUAAGGCCAAAGCCAAGGCGGCCGAUAAGAUGGCGCUCAAAGACUUUUUGACCGAGUAUGCCAAGUCGGGCGCGGCCAAAUGCAGGAAGUGUGAGGAGAAAAUCCCCAAGGGUGACGUGCGCGUCGGUAAGAUGGUGUUCGACACGGACCGCGCGCGUGCCUAUGGACCCUACCAGGGCUGGCACCACGUCGAGUGCUUCGUCCAGCAGCGUGGGGAGCUGGAGUUCUUCGAGGAGGCCUCCAAGCUGCCUGGCUUCAAGACACUGUCGAAGGAAGACCAACACAUGCUCAGAGACAAGCUCAAGAAAAUCGAAGGGAAACGGCCAGCGGAAGAUGUGGUGGACGGGCCGGCCAAGAAAAAGCGACCAGACCCGGACGCCGGCGAUCGCGCCGUUAUCAAACAGCAGAACCAGACCAUGUUCAAGUACCGCGACCAGCUGAAGUCGCUCGCCAAGCGUGAGCUGCAGCUGCUGCUGGAACAGAAUGACCAGGAGGUGCCCACCGGCGAGGACCCGAUGCUGGACCGUCUGGCGGACCAGAUGACGUUCGGAGCGCUGAACCCGUGCACCAUUUGCAAGAAGGGACAGCUGUCGUUCAAGAGCGGAGUCGGCUACCAAUGUCAGGGCAACCUCACGGAGUGGACCAAGUGUACCAACGUGGAGAAAGAGCCCAAGCGCCGGCUGUUCACUGUGCCGAAGGAGCUGGCCGACGAAUACCCGUUCCUAAAGAAAUACAAGUGCAAGCUGGGUAAGCGCGUGAUGGCGGACCUGGGCCAGACUACAGCCACCAUCAAGCAGGAGAAGGCCGAGCAGAAGGCGAACGCCACGCCGCUGACCAAGCUGACGUUCGUGGUGGUCGGAAACGUGGACAAGGAGAUGGUCAAGCUGGUGGAGCGGCGGGGCGGCAAGCUGGCCAAGUCGGUCACGCGCUCCACGGCUGCUGUCAUCUGCAGCAGAGAGACGCUGGAGGCAGGGCAUAAGCUACUGAAGGCGGCCAAGCGGCACGGCGUGCAGGCAAUCCCGCCGGAGACGGUCGACAAGCUGAAGGCGGGCGUCGUGUUCACGACGAUCGAGGCCGACAACAUGGCCGACUGGGGCGCCAAGGUGGCAGAUCGUCUUGGCAGCGAGGAGGAGACGAUCGUGAAGGCGGGACCGUCCAAGAUGCGUCUUCCUGGUGGCCCGUUACGCGGCCGCCAGCCUGAGCGCUCUGCUGCCCGGCAGGUCGGUUCGAGUGCGCUGCCGACGGGUACGCAGCGCGUGCGUCUGAAGGGCGGCGCCGCCGUCGACCCGGGCUCGGAGCUAGAGGACGAGGCGCACGUCUACAAGACUAACGGCGAGUUUCUGAACGCGGUGCUGAGCCAGGUGGACGCCGGCUCCGGCCGUAACUCCUUCUACCGGCUGCAGGUGCUGCAGAGCGACCACGGCAGCAGAGUGUGGGUGUUCCGCGCCUGGGGCCGCCUCGGCACGACAGUGGGCGGCAACAAGCUGGAGCAGUUUGACAGCAUACACGCUGCCGUGCAUGAGUUCAAGCGGCUGUACGAGGAGAAGACCGGUAACCGCUGGGGCGCCAAAGAUGGCUUCGUCAAGAUGCCAGGCCGGUUCUUCCCGAUGGACUUGGACUACGGACAGAAUGAAGAGGCGCUGCAGAGCCUGACCAGCGUCGGCUCCAAGUCUACGCUGGACAAGGCCGUGCAGGAGCUGAUCUGCACCAUCUUCGAUGUGAAGAACAUGAAGCAGGCCAUGGUGGAGUUUGACAUCGACAUGGAGAAGAUGCCGCUGGGCAAGCUGAGCAAGAGCCAGAUGCAGAAGGCGUUCACGAUCCUGACAGAGGCCCAGACUUUGGUGGAGACGGACGGCGACGUGCCGGGCAAGGCGGCCAGGCUUCUCGACUGCUCCAACAGGUUCUUCACCCUGAUCCCUCACGACUUCGGGAUGAAGAAGCCGCCGCUGCUGGACAACCUGAAGAUUAUACAGGACAAGGUGGAUAUGGUAUCCAGCCUAAUGGAGAUUGAGCUGGCCUUCAACAUCCUGAAGUCAGCGGACGCGGAUGCAGCUCAGACUGAGGAAGACCCACUUGACGUGCACUACCGCAAGCUGAAGGCUAACAUCGACGUUCUGGACCGCGAGUCGGAACAGUUCCGCCUGCUUGAGUGCUACAUUAAGAACACGCACGCCUCCACCCACUCCAACUACACCCUGGAGCUGGAGCAGGUGUUUUGCGUAAGCCGCCAAGGCGAGGCCAGCCGUUACAAGCCGUUCAGCAAGCUGCACAACAAGAAGCUGCUCUGGCACGGCUCCCGCAUGGCCAACUUCGUCGGCAUCCUGUCGCAGGGCCUGCGCAUCGCCCCACCCGAGGCGCCCGCCACCGGAUACAUGUUCGGCAAGGGCAUCUACUUCGCCGACAUGGUCUCCAAGUCGGCCAACUACUGCUUCGCCUCGCGGGACAACCCUCGCGGCCUCCUGCUGCUCUGCGAGGUGGCGCUGGGCAACAUGUACGAGAAGAAAAGCUCCGAGUACGUCACAAAACUGCCCACGGGAAAACACUCGACCAAGGGCCUGGGCAAGACGUGCCCCAACCCCAAGGAGUCGCACUUCACGGAGGGGAAGGUGGAGAUUCCUCUUGGCAAGCCGAGCAAGUCGAAGAUCACGGAUACUUCGCUGCUCUACAACGAGUACAUCGUGUACGAUGUCGGCCAGGCGCACAUCCAGUACCUGCUGCAGGUCAACUUCAAUUACAAGGGUGGGUGGUACUGAGGCGCGCCGACCUCCUAGCAGCCGAGGUGACGCUCCUCGUUGGCCGGGGUGGCUAAGGCCGAGCGUGCUUGGCUGUGUUGUUGUGCUGCUUGUUUGGAGGAGACUGCUGUAACCGUGCCAUUCUCACAAGCCGGCUGUGGGCCGUGUUCCGCCCCGUGUCUGGACUGACGGGGAGUUACUCGUUGUCGACACCAUGUGCCCAGAGCGGCUGCAGCUGAAGGCGUGGCGGCGGCGGCGCGCCGCAGGUGAUACUGUGCCACGGACGCGGCGGCGCAUUCGUCGCCCGAGCGUCGGAAUCGCCUCUCGAGCAGAGAAAGGCUUGGUCAGGUCGGGUCAAGCCCACGCAGUUUUAGGGGUCGCCAUGUUGUGUUUUAUCAGUGUUGAGUUUUGGAAAUGUCUGUUUGGUAAGAAUGGUUUGUUGAGGACAACUCCCGUCAUCUGAAACGUGAGCAACCUCUUUUCUGGCGCUCUUUCUACGGUGUUGUCACCUGCAUUAACGACACGGUAGUGUGCUCUCCCGUCUUUUCGCUACCAGUCCGUGUCCGAUUUAAAUUAGGGUUAAACUAAGGUUAAACUAGGGUCGCUGAUGCGCCAGGGCAGCGUCAUUUGGAUCGUGUGCGAUGCACAUUGCUUGCCGUUGCAGUCGAGCUGCCUCGAAGACUUGUGUCGUCGUGUCAUGAUGACUGCCUAGACUUGUUUGCCGUCAUCACAGGUAGCGCCAGUUACGCAGUGCACAGAUGCACGCAAGUUAAAUCGAGUGAAGGCGUUCUGUCAUAAUGAUGUUGAUGAGAAGCUUCAUCUGCAUCACGUGCAGGCGCAACUUUUGCGGUCAUGUAGUCAUGAAAAAUGGUGGAGCCACCGAGUGAGUGGCAAAGUCAUGCUCAUUUGUGCGUUUCCGAAUAAUUUCACUCGCUUCACUAUUCGGCAGUUUUCGAUUAGCAUUAAUGGUGAUUUCGCCAUAUGAAAUGAGGUGUCGCUUUCACCUUUUCCUAUAACGGCUGGUAUAUAGUCACGCAAAUACGCUUUCCCACCUACUUCGCUCAGUCCAGAUGACCCUUAAACCCGAGGUGCCGUGCGCAUGGUUAUCAAGAAUACACGUUUUCGUCGGACAACCCGCGUUGACGUCACCUGUAUGUUUGUGUUUCAACAGCAUUCGAAUACCACUGGAAGAGUAGUGAACGAAUAUGGCUCAGCGGAGCUGAAAUAAACUGGAA